AUGUCGUCAAUCAACCCAAGUUUAUAUAAUGACAAUGGUGUGUAUUGUUCAAAAGUAAUUGUCACAAAAGCAAUAAAAAUUAGAGAUUUAGAUCAAAUACCACAAACUGUACUUGCCUUGGCUGCUACCAAUAACGGUGCCAAUUAUGAUUACGCCUCACCUAAUUACAUAACAAAUGCCAGAAAAAGAUUUAAAGCAAGACUCAAUAGAAACCCAAUAUGGUACCCAAAAAUGGGUGACACCGCUGCUAUUUUUUUCGCAAGAUCUGAUCAAGCAGGUUGGGAUAUCAGAGCUGAAGUUGACGAGGCCAUAUUAUAUACACAAAAACAAUAUCCCCAUAUUGAUAUUAACUAUGCAGUUUUAACACCAGUUAAUACUCACGAUUUAGUUGACAUGAAUCUCAUCGCCCAGUUAUUCGCUGAGGAUGAUGCAGCAGCAGCAGCAGCAGCAAACCAACCAAACCAACCAAAUCAAGGACAAUAA